CACCAGCUGCUUCUGAGAAGAAUAUCAAAGCCACGCAGACGCUGGACCCAAAGCUACAAACAAUAACUACACGAGUAUCAAUAUAGCCAGGCGUAUGACAUACUAGAAAUCACCUAUCUAGUUUAUAUCCACUCACGACCAGUCUGCGACCAUGCCUACAAAGCGACCCCGAGGCGACUCUGGUGGCUAUCGCGCAGUUGAACAAGAUGCAUCGCAUGCAUCCAAUGCGGAUGACGGAGAGGCAGGCAGCCCUGUGAAUCCUGAAUCACACCGACCAGUCGGCCAUGAACGGCGAACGGCGGUCCUCGUCUUGGCUGGAUGCGUUUUACUACUUUUUGCUUCUAAUGUCUAUCUCUCCUUACCGUAUGCCUUCCCAAGCCGUCAUCAUCGAGACGAAUGUGCCCCAGAAAAGGUGCCGCAGUAUUUUCAGACCUCACCACAGCUAUGGGCUGGUCCAACCGCGACUGGCAAGCCCGCAUUUCUUGCCCAGACUAGGCUUAUUGACCCGACUGCCACAUUUGUACCCAACGAACCACUACAGACGGCAAUUCCGAUCCAAGGAAUGCAGGAAGGGAAUAGGAGCAUCUUUCAGAUGAUGGGCUAUUUGUCGCCGUAUGCACCUUCGCCCGGCUUUGGCGUCGACGAGUACCCUAUCCCAGAUGGUGCUGAGAUCGUCCAAGUGCAGAUGCUGUCCCGCCACGGCGCCAGGUACCCAACGACCGGUACAGGCGUAGAGAGAUUGGGUCAUCGCCUAGCUGAACUUGCAGAUAAAGUCGAGUUUCACCAUUCACUCAAGUUUCUGAACGACUGGAAGUAUGCCCUGGGGCUUGAGAUUCUCGUGCCCCGAGGGCGCCAGGAGCUGUAUAACUCUGGUGUGCUGCAUAGCUAUAUGUACGGCGGCCUGUACAACCCCGCCAGCAAAAUUAUUGUUCGCACCACGACACAAGACCGAAUGCUCAAGUCAGCGGAAAAUUGGCUUGCUGGGUUCUUCGGCCUAGAGUGGACCAAAAAUGCAACGAUUGAAGUCAUCAUCGAAGAAAAACACUUUAACAAUUCGCUCGCUGGUGAACUCAACUGCCCCAAUGCCUAUGUUAAGUCGUCUGGCAACGAAGCCAGGGGUACAUGGAUCGAUAUUUAUCUGGAAGAUGCUACGAAACGAUUCAACGCUCUGACCAAGGGGUUUGAGUGGACUGCUCAGGACGUGUAUGAUGCGCAAACUAUGUGUCCGUACGAGACUGUAGCAUAUGGUUUUAGCAAGUUCUGCGAUCUCUUCACGUACACGGAAUGGCGCGAUUUUGGUUACUCUAUUGAUCUCGCGUUUUCUUCCAGCAAUGCGUUUCAUAGCCCCAAUGGCAGGGCCAUGGGUCUUGGCUACCAACAAGAAGUGAUUGCUCGUCUCAAAAACCAUACUCUAGGUUACUCUGGUUCCCAAAUCAACACCACACUGGACUCUAACGAGGAAACAUUCCCUCUGAACCAGACCUUGUAUUUUGACUUCUCACACGACACAAAUAUCGUGUCAAUUCUUACAGCUUUUGGCCUGCGUCAAUUUGCAGAGCCUCUCCCAGCGACAGAAUAUCCUGGCCCUCAUAACUUCACUGUCGCUCAUGUGACGCCGUUUGGCGCCCGGUUGGACAUGGAAAUCAUCCAAACCCCGAAGCCAGUUUCGCCAAAUAGGGACGGUUAUUUGCGUGGAGGCCAAACAAAGUAUAUCCACUUUGUGCUUAACCAAAGAACUGUUCCCUUGGGUGUUAGUAUCCCAGAGUGUGAUAUCACGAGAAAGGAUGGAUGGUGUGAGUUAGAUGCUUUUAUCAAGGCACAAGAGGAAAUGUCCAAGAAGGCCAAGUUUGACUUUGCGUGUUUUGGCGAUUACCCUGCUGAACGCUAUGGAAGAGUGACGGACGGUGUGCCAAAUGAAUGA